AUGGCUCGAGGAGGAGGAAAAAUCACCCUCUACGUCGACAUCGUCAGCCCUUUUGCGUACUUGGGCUAUUAUUUCCUGCGCCACUCGCCCAUUUUUCGAGAUGUGCAGAUCACAUACGUCCCGAUCCUGCUGGGCGGGCUGAUGAAGCUGUGCGGCAACACCUCCCCAAUCGAGAUCCGCAACAAGGACCGCUGGAUCGGGGCCGAGCGCCUGCGCUGGGCCCGCCAGUUCCACGUCCCCAUGUCCGAGGGCUUUCCCAGAGGCUUUCCCAAGCCGACGAUUCAGGUGCAGCGGUUUUUGACGAGCGUGUGGAUGGCCGAUAACGACGCCAAGGCCAAACUUGAGCGCGGAGGACAACAGGGGGAGCAGGAACAGGCGACGCUGAUCCGCGCGCUCGACGCGCUCUACGCGGCGCUGUGGACGGAGCCGAACGAGUCCGAGAUCGUGGACCCGGCGGUCUUCGCGCGCGUGCUGGCCCCCGUGCUGGGCGAGGACGUUGUGAGAAUGCACAUGGCCCGUCUCGGCAACGCAGAGGUUAAGAAGCAGUUGGUGGCGAAUACCGACCGGGCCAUGGAGGACGGCGCGUUCGGCUUGCCCUGGUUCCAGUGCGAGAAUGCCCAGGGUCAGGCCGAGGGGUUCUGGGGCUUCGACCAUCUCGGCCAGGUCGUUAGGUUCAUGGGCCUGGAUGGUCGUGGGGAGGUGAGGGCUUUGUUGUGA